CUCUUCACUCUGGACUCUGUGAAGAAGAAACAACAUGGCGGCCUCCUGAUGUUUUCUGGUUCGGGUCACGCUGUCGUUGAACACAAACUGUAUAAUUUGACUCAGAGACAUGAUUCCAGAGGCGGCGCGGUGCCUGAGAGCUGCGGGCGGAGGGUGGACUAGAGCCGGGCUGUUGGCAGAGGCGAGGCCGCUGACAGGACAGGGACGAGCCCGGGGACACCUCAGCCCCAGGAGACACUUCAGCCUCCAUCGCAGCCUCGCAGCCCGGGCUCCUCCUACUAAAGUGCCCCGGGAGAAGGUGCACAUCCCGGGCCUGGAGAGGAUCACUUACGCCGACAGGAUGCACUAUGUCCCGGGGCUGGCCGCCCCGCAGAGCCCGCGGUGGGAGAGAGACUAUAAAGACCCGCACAGAUACCGCAGCCCCCCGCGGUGCGACAUGCGCAUGCGCAGAGACCAGCCCUGCUACGUCAUCCACCAGAGGACCAACGUGCUGGAAGGUGUUCCUCAGGCCUUGUGGUUGACCAAAACCAAACUCAUCGAUGCUCUGCCUCCUCGGCUGCUCUCAUUGGCUCAGGGUCUGGCCAAUCAGAUCCCGGAUCAGGACGAGCGAGUAAAGAACGCCAUAAAACACGCUCGCUUCUGGGACACGACUGAGCCCAAACCUGUGCAGGAACGAUACAGUAAAGUCCUUCUUCAGAACCUGCUCCACCUGUGCGCCGGGCUGCUCCCCUCUCACCCGGCGCUUGGACGACGGAUCCUCGCGGAGCAGCACUCUCUGGCAGCGACGUGGAAAAGAGGAGACGACCUGUUCCAGAUCCGGGGGCUGAACGGUCUCCUGGUCACCAGCAUGGACCCUCUGCCGCCGCAGUGUGAGCCUCAGGACGUAGAGGGCACCAGAGAGCUCAUCCUGGACUCGUUCUACCCCGUGUCCCCCACCAUCGACCUGCAGCAAGUCGACGUCUACCACCUCCUCAAGAACUGCACAGGUUUCAGGGAGGGUUUCCCGUUUCCUCACGCUCACACACUCUUCUUCCACGACCAGAAGAGCUCACGCUGUUCUCUACGGCCGGAACAGUUCAGAGCCAAGAUGGUCAUGUUCGCCUUCGGGAACGCCUUGGCACGGGCGCAUCUGCAGUACGGGCUGGAGCCCCGGGGCCUGCUGGAGCGCCCGGUCGUGGUCCAGGCUGUGGGCACCAACGGACGCUACUUCCACUUCCUGGUUUUCCAGCUCAACACCACAGAUUUAUCGGAGGACGGCGGCGUGAAGAACCUGGUUUGGAUGGACAAGGAUCAGGAGCUGUACGAAUACGCAAAAGUGCGACCGCUCAUCAAGAAGAAAGAAGUACAGGUCGCCGCUGGAUUGGAAGGAUUCAACCCACAGACUUUCCACAAGUUUCUGUCUCUGUAUCUGAACGGAGCUGUGUAGAACUGAGCUCCACGACCACAACAUUUAAAUAUAUUUAUACGGACGAACAGACGGAGGAACAGACGGAGGAACAGACGGAGGAACAGACGGAGGAACAGACGGACGAACAGACGGACGAACAGACGGAGGAACAGACGGAGGAACAGACGGACGAACAGACGGAGGAACAGACGGAGGAACAGACGGAGGAACAGACGGAGGAACAGACGGAGGAACAGACGGAGGAACAGACGGACGAACAGACGGAGACUGUGGAUGAUUCAAUAAACACAAAUACAAAUAUGUG